AAAACAACUAACAAAAUGCCUGAGCUCAUUGAAAACAAAAUUAUCUCCGCCAAUGGCUGCGGUCUUCCCCAACUGCACAAGCAGCGCCAGGACAACUGUGGACUCUACAGUCACAUCCGUGGCAUUCCCACCUCCUUCGGCGAUGUGAGCUCCUUGACAGCUGGAGUGCGCAACUUUGUGGAGGAGGCCAUUGCCCUGUGCCAGCCUGACCAGGUGCACAUCUGCGAUGGCAGCGAGCAGGAGAACAAGAUGCUCAUCAAGACCCUGCUGGAGGAGGGCACCAUUGUGCCGCUGCCCAAGUAUGAUAACUGCUGGUUGGCCAGAACCAAUCCCGCUGAUGUGGCCCGUGUGGAGUCCAAGACAUUCAUCUGCACGGAGGAGCGUGAGGAGACGAUUCCCACGCCCAAGGAUGGCGUCAAAGGUACCCUGGGCAACUGGAUUUCGCCCAUGGACAUGGAGUCAGCCAUUCAGCAACGCUUCCCCGGCUGCAUGAAGGGACGCACCAUGUAUGUGGUGCCCUUCAGCAUGGGUCCCGUUGGCUCACCGCUCUCCAAGAUCGGCAUUGAAGUCACUGAUUCCGCCUACGUGGUCGCCUCCAUGCGCAUCAUGACCCGCAUGGGAGCCGCGGUGCUCCAGCAGCUGGCCAAGAAGGAGGAGUUUGUGCGUGCCCUGCACUCUGUGGGCACCCCGGCCAACGGCCAGGUGGAGCAGCCUUCCUGGCCCUGCGAUCCCGAGCGUACCAUCAUUCUGCACAAGCCUGCCGAGAAUCUGAUCGUCUCCUAUGGCUCCGGCUAUGGUGGCAACUCGUUGCUGGGCAAGAAGUGCUUCGCUCUGCGCAUUGGCAGCACCAUUGCCAAGCGGGAGGGUUGGCUGGCCGAGCACAUGCUCAUCCUGGGCAUCACCGAUCCCAAGGGCGUCAAGAAGUACAUCACGGCGGCCUUCCCUUCGGCCUGUGGCAAGACCAACUUGGCCAUGUUGAACCCCUCGCUGGCCGACUACAAGGUGGAGUGUGUGGGCGACGACAUCGCCUGGAUGAAGUUCGAUUCGCAGGGUGUUCUGCGUGCCAUCAAUCCCGAGAAUGGAUUCUUUGGCGUUGCUCCCGGUACCUCGAUGGAGACCAAUCCUAUUGCCAUGGGCACGGUCUUCAAGAACACCAUUUUCACCAAUGUGGCAUCCACAUCUGAUGGUGGCGUCUUCUGGGAGGGCAUGGAGAGCAGCUUGGCUCCCAAUGUACAAAUCACCGAUUGGCUGGGCAAGCCCUGGUCCAAGGACUCGGGCAAACCUGCCGCUCAUCCCAACUCCCGCUUCUGCACUCCUGCCGCCCAGUGUCCCAUCAUCGAUGGCGCCUGGGAGGAUCCCGCUGGUGUACCCAUCUCUGCGAUGCUCUUCGGUGGUCGCCGUCCCGCCGGUGUGCCCCUGAUCUACGAGGCACGCGACUGGUCCCAUGGCGUCUUCAUUGGCGCCUCCAUGCGCAGUGAGGCGACUGCCGCGGCGGAGCACAAGGGCAAGAUGAUCAUGCACGAUCCGUUUGCGAUGCGUCCCUUCUUCGGCUACAACUUUGGUGACUAUGUGGCACAUUGGUUGAGCAUGGAGAAGCGCGGCAAGGUGCCCAAGAUCUUCCACGUCAACUGGUUCCGCAAGAGCGAUCAGGGUAAAUUCAUGUGGCCCGGAUACGGCGAGAACUCCCGUGUGCUCGAGUGGAUUCUGCGUCGCUGCAAUGGCGAAGAUUGUUAUGAGGACUCAGCGAUUGGUCGCAUUCCCGCAGCUGGAGAACUCAACUUGGCUGGCAUGAAGGAGCAGAUCGACUUGAAGCAGCUCUUCUCGCUGCCCAAGGACUUCUGGACACAGGAGGUGAAGGACAUCCGCAACUAUUUCGAGUCCCAAGUGGGAGCCGAUCUGCCAGCCAGCAUCUAUUCCGAGCUGGAAAAGCUGAGCGAACGCGUUGCAGAUUUGUAAAAGAAUCGAAGCUUUGAAGCUGAGAGCAUUUUACAAGCUCCAUCCCAACACACACACACACACAUAUACACACACAUCUUUACCCGCCCUGCAACACCUGUACCAUUAAGCAACUAUCCCCAAACAACCAAAAUCAUACCUAUAGCCAUAAUACACCCCAAGUUAAACCUACCCGCAUAUACUCUAUCUAAUCCCAAGACUAUGCAAAAUUCACAAUUCUUCACUUAAGUCGUUUCUUUAGUUUUAAGCCGCAGACUUCCAAAACUAUUUAUUGUAUAAGCUCUAGCGUUAAGUUUACUUCUAAGUUAAAACCAUAAUGUAAAUUAUAUAUUAAACAAAAAUGAAAUGAAAA